AUUCGUGGCUCUUGCUCAAUGCCGGGGAUUGCGGUUUAGGCGAUAAAGUAAGCUUCCUCCUUUUGUUGGUGGGUAUAAGUAGUUGUAAUGUUGCUGACAUCAUUUCGUUUUCGAAUUGCAUGCUAGUCGUUUAAAUCAUCUGCAAAAUGAAGUCCGUAGUAAUUUGUCUGUUUUUCUAUAAUUUUUUUACAAUUUUCAGUUGGAAUACUGUUAGCGCGACCAACGCCUGGGAUUUUAAUUUCAAUUUCAGUGGUUUUACUAAUCAAGCUAAACUUGUUAUCACCGACUGCGAUGCCGUCAACCUAGAGCAAGAAAUCAACCGUGUACUAGGAGGAAUGAAACAUAAAGGCGUGAUUCAACAACCACACAACAUCGCAAAUCUUUCGCACGUCACCUGCGUUGAUGAUCCGUUCAUGGGCAAAGCCAUCAACUUGACACUGUUUAAAAUGGACGAUGUUCCCAAGCACGGACACAUGCAACGGUUAGAAUUGAAGUCGGCCAGUAAAUCAAAGUCCCUUGUUGCACACCGUGACGAAGAAAUCAUUUACAGUUGGUGGUUUUACGUCGAUCCUUCUUUGACGGUGGAAAAACAAACCUUCACCAUCUUUUCGUUGAAAACUGGCAGUCUAGAUUCUCACAACCACUCCCUGGCUUCGUUUUCCCUCAGUAAAAAGCUGGGACUUAAUCUUCGUUUUGAUUUAGACGCCAAAAAUCCGCAUACCACCAAGAUUUCAAUGCUACCCCUCUCAGCUGUUCGUGGAGCGUGGAUUCAAGCGUUCGUUCAAGUUCAAUACAAGAAAGCGGCUGGAUUCAUCAACGUGAUCCUGAAAGAUAUUUUAGGCCAUCAACUGUUUCCGGCAGCCAAUCAGACUGGAAUCUUUCAUGGUGAUACUUUCCACAGCGAAUGGACAUCCGUCCGACCUAAAUGGGGACUCAGCCGCACAGUUUCUCAAGAUUAUCACAACUCAGUGUAUCUACUCCUUCAAAAUCUUCAAGUGGGUAACCAGUGCUCCCUUUUCUCCCAAAACGGUCGCAUCUGAACAGGAUCUGACAUCUUCCAGGGUUUUUCAAGUGGUUGGCCGAAAGGCUGGUUGACACACCAGUCUGGAAACAUGUUGCCACCGACCGCAACAUCCAGGAUGAAAUGAAA